AUGGGCCGAAGCAAGAGCCAGCGCGGCAUGGGCAAGUGGAACAAGGACGCCAUCGAACCAACCAUCACAGAGGGGCGGCGUGGGCUCGCCUCGUCCGACUCCUCUUCCACAUCAUCUUCUUCACCCAACGCCCCCGUCAUCUUGAAGAGGAAGGAGCGAAGCAAGAGCCAGCGCGGGCUCGACAAGUGGAAGGACCAGCUGUCCGCCGAGGACCAGCAGGUGCUCGCCCUCACCGCCGUGCGCAGGGAGCGCAGCAACCCGUCGACGCCGCGGCCCGCAGCAGCGACAGAGGACCGCGAUGGCGUGUGCUCGCCGCGGUGGCUGGACGACUCGGCGGACGACAGCGUCAAGCAGUACCGCACGGGCGCGCAGAUCAACGCCAUGGCUUCGCUCUACGCCGUCAACCCGGCCGUCUUCUCCUGA